GAGGAAUCUUAUGUAUUUGAUGACAACCAAACCAGUGUCGGAAUUGUACUUUUGUUACUCUGUGGACCUUUUCCAGUGGUUAACAACCAGUAAUAUAUUACAAAACGUUGUAAAAUAGUUACUUAAAAGUUGACAAUUGGUUCCGAUUUCUAUAAGUACGUGACGCAUUUGAUAGCGGUCAAACAAUUGUGAUGAUUCUCACAAAUGGAAGACAUCAACCUCCAUUAUCGCUUUUUGAACUGGAGAAGGCGCAUUCGAGAAAUUCGUGAAGUACGACCAGUGCGCUACCGAGAACGCCUGAAAAGAAUGCUGAGGGAUGGAGAUGUGCUGAGGUACCAUGGGAAUUCAGAUGAAGUUGGCUGUUUUGUAGCGGCAAGGCCAUUAUCAAAGAGAAGUCGCUAUUUUGAGAUUACCAUUGUUGAUACGGGAGUGAGAGGGAUGAUUGCUGUUGGUUUAGUGCCUCAACUCUAUAAGCUGGACCAUCAGCCGGGCUGGCUCCCAAAUUCUGUGGCUUUCCAUGCAGAUGAUGGCAAGCUGUACAACGGCAACACUGUAGGGCAACAAUUUGGUCCUAAAUGCUGUAGAGGGGACCGAAUCGGUUGUGGAAUAUCCCUGGACUCUGAGGAUGGACAGUUGACUGUUUUUUUUACCAAGAAUGGUAAAGAAGUUGGCAGCUUGGACAUGCCAGCAGCUGAAGCUCUCUACCCUGCGGUAGGAAUGCACUCGCUAGGGGAGGAAGUACUGUUGGACCUACAUGCUGAGUGGAAAAUGGAGGAGGAUGAUGGACUGAUGAUAGUAGACAGCCAUGAAGAUGACUGGGGCCGCCUCCAUGAUAUUAGAGUUUCGGGCACUCUGCUCGAGUACACUGGCAAAGGCAAGAGCAUUGUUGACGUGGGCUUGGCUCAGGCCCUUCGGCCACUCAACACCCGCUUCCACUAUUACGAGCUGGAGAUCACAGACGCUGGAGAGAAGUGUUACAUCGCCCUGGGCCUGGCACGCAAGGAUUAUCCAAAAAACAGACAUCCAGGUUGGAGUAGAGGGUCCAUAGCUUACCAUGCUGACGACGGGAAGUUGUUCCAGGGCAGCGGAGUCGGCGACGCAUUCGGACCGCGCUGCUUCGAAGGAGACCUCAUGGGCUGCGGCAUCAUGUUUCCACGUGACUACAGCCACGAGAGCAGAGAUGAUGCGGACGACUGGGAGCCGGACGCGUUUCCACGGCCCAGCGAGGUUCAGAACGACUUGUACAUGGGCAAUGAUGAUGAUGAUGAUGAUGAUGAUGAAGAGGUAGAGGAAGACUUGGAAGGAACCAAGGUCACGGUGUUCUUCACCCGGAAUGGAAAUGUGGUGGGACGCAGGGAGGUGGUCUUGCCAGCGGGAGGUUUCUACCCUACUAUCGGCAUGAUGAGCACCGGGGAGAAAGUCAAAGUGGACCUGCACCCGCUCAGUGGCUGAACACCACCACCUCAUCGUCAACAGGCUGCUGCACGUUGCUUGUUGAAGUCACGUCAGGAUAGAACUGUGGCCUUCCCAUGCUGUAAGAGUCAAAUAACUUUGAUUCCAAAUGAUCCGAAUGUAUAUUUUUAUUGAAGUUGUAAUUCAGGUGUGUCCAAGCUGUUUCCUCACUUUGACAUCUUCACUUUAUUGAACACACAAUUUAUCAGUGUAAGUAAACAUAUGCAAAGCAUUUACACACACACACACUCACACACACACACACACACACACACACACACACACACAUAUAUAUUAUUUAUAGUGCAUGAAGUCAAGGAUUUUGUUUUCCAUAUUUUUGGCUAAAUCCCACAAGAAUACAUCCCUGCACUGAGCACAGUAGAAUCCCUUCUCCGCCACGGGAACCAAAUAUAGAGCAUUCUGGACCAAGAUGACCUCAACGCUGCACCUUACCAAGUGAUUGGUGUAAAAAAAGGAAGCAAGAGAUGAUGAGGAACUUCCUCUUUUCUUCUCCUGACUUGCCACCCAGUGUAGAAAUAUUGUAGUACAAUGCAGGCAAACUACAUAUUAAUUGAACUCUAUGGCACAGGGUGCCCAAAAAAUGGAAUUGUCGGCUGCAAUGGCCCCCAUGCUGUAGUGUGGACACCCCUGUUUUUGAUACAAUCACAAAGUGCGAUGUAGAUUUUAAUAUACAAAAAGAAAGAACAAACACGGCACAGUUAGCAUUUGUCUGCCGACCCUUUACGCUGCACGUCCCAUAAACCGUGCAUUAGCGACACUUAGUGGUGAGAGUCCUGAAGUGCAGUGAUGGCCUGUAAAUGUAUCAAGUUUCCCAACCUUAACUUGAGCCCAGGCACAUAUGGUAUUUGUGAAUAUUUUCUCAGCACAUCACCAAACAAAAACGUAAUAGAAAAUAAUUCAAUGUAAAAAUGAAUUUCUUGUCCCGAUUUACUGACGCAUUUUACUUUGUGUGAAAUCUUCCCCCAAGUUGAAGACAAAGCUAUUAUUCUGAAGUUAAUUGAACCUUCUGCCAUUUAUUGGAAAAUAAAUUGCCAGUAAAUGCUACACCUGUCUUGUCAUGUCGCAAAUAUUCAGCCAAAAUGAUUUUCAGAUAAUUGCAUCGUUUUCUGCAACCUGAUGAGCUCUCUCAGAAGUGUGCUGAGGCAUAAUGGUUGGGAAACACAUCAUUGUGGCCAUUAACUCUAAUUUUUGAGCCCAAAAAAAUUUUGUUUCACAACAAUUUGGUGUUUGAAUAAUUUUUCCCCUUUUUGGGGGGUGUUACGUCACUCAGUUCAAUCUGUUAUCAUAAUGCACAACAUUUUGAUCGCUACAAGAUGAAAUGCUGAAAGGGAAUACAUUUUCGAUGGAAGGAUAUUUAAUGACCAAAAAUGUCUACAGUUUAAAUGUUUUUGUGACAAUGAAGCCAUAACUAUGAUUUGUUGCUCUCAGGUGUAUUUAAAUAUCAAAAAUGAUCAUCUUUUUAUCGAUUCAAGUCAGAGAUUUCCAUUGCUUUGAGUCAUGUUUUGGGCGGGUGAGUUAAUUCUGUUCUCAUAGUUUAGGAUUACUGUUCGUUACACUAAGACGUCCAAUCUUCACUUGUACUUCCUUUUACAGUAGUAGAUUUUCCUUGCCUCAAUUCUAUUCCUCCUCAGAAAGAAAGAAAUGUGUAAUCUCCUCUCCCAUGUCAAAAAUACAAAUAUUUGGUUCACUUAACACUAAAUUGAGCCUCGGUGUGAAUUUGAGGUCGGAUCCGUCUUGUCUGUGACCUCAAAUGGCAUAAGCAGUGUAUGUCACAAUGAAUUUUCUUCAAAAUAUCCGGAUCUGAGGAGCCAAUCAGAGCAUCCUGACCAAAGUGCCUGCAUGUUUUGGAUUAAUAUAAAGAACGUCCCAUGGCCGGCCGGUUGUGCCUUUUAACCCUCACCUGGUUAUUUCAAAACAAUGAAGUGCCUUUCCUCAUUAGCCAAGUGUAAAGCAAUCUGAUGCAAGCCAAAAAUGUUCCACAAAUGUUAUUUUCACCUAAAUGUUUGGAAUGUGUAGUUUUUGACAUUUUGCUGGUGCUUUUUAGGUAUAUUUUCUAUAUUAAAUUUAAGUCUUAUCCUGUA